AUGCCCCAGCUGCUGGACUGCGCGACUCCCGUUAAGUUAUCUUCAAUCACUCCAGAAUUUACCUCGCGAAAGCUUCGAGUAGCCGGACGGAUGCUCGCCUACAUUCCGGAGACGAGCAUGCUGCUGCUAGCUGAUGGGCACGCCGCGCUUUUCGUGGACAUAUCUCUCUGCCUCAAUCCCCAUUCAUCCAUGCCAUGGCUACGGGAACGAAACAGCGUGAUUAUGGCCAUGGGGAAUUUGGAGGAGUCGGAGCACCCCUUCCCGCUGCCUAUUCUCCCCUUGCACGCUCGGAAGAGUGAAAUCGACCCAUAUCUUGUGCUUCGUGCGAUCGUUGUGACGGAUUCGCUCACGUUGGACCUGCGGUUAUGGAACAAGGCUAUUGAGGAGCGAGAGAAGCUGGCUGCAGCAAGUUCUGCGAAGCGGACUACUCCUUCCGAUAUUGGAAGUGUUCGGUAG